UGGGGGAGGCUGGAGGCUGGAGGCUGGAGGCUGGGCUGGUCUGGGUGAUGGAUGGUUAAGGUGCAGUAGAAGGGUCCCGGGUCUGUGCGCCACCAAUCAGGGUGGAGUAUGGAGAACGGGUAGAGAGACUGUGGGUAUUCAUCAAGGCUCACGGCGCUUCAAGACAGGUCGGACGUCUACCAUGUACUCCAUACAAUGACUGUCCUGUAUGUCUCUCUCUUGUUAGUGGUCCAUCAUCUGGAUGGUCGCGAGGCGGAGGUCAGUCUUCCCCAGGGUUCCAUCCGGCCGCCUUCACGGCCACAUCUCGUCCAUGGCCGCAUCCAAGGCCAUCCUUGGACUGGGGAUGGGGUGCAGUCUGCAGAUCUAAGACAAAUAUGUGCUAGAGCCGAAGUAGCCAAGUCGAUAGAGGUGGGAGACGAGAUUCCAUCCGCAAUUCAUCCAGAAGACCACAGCCAACGCUCUCUUCCUUCUUCGUAACUCGUGUGUGUAAUGUGAGGGUAAGCCUGUGAGGACGAGAGC